GCUGGCAGGGGUAGGCAGGGGUAUGGAUAGCUAGGUAGGUAGGCAGAUAGGUGGAUUAGCCGCAAGCAGCACUGGCAGCCAGCAGCCAGGUAUGGCAAGGCGAACAUGACACGCGUCGUGAUGAGUCGGUGAAUCACGGACGGAUGGACGCUUCGCGAAACUGAUUGGACACGCGGUGGUAGUGACUUCCUCUCUCCGACUGCAGCAGACGCACGCGAAGAAGACGCGGAUGCGAGCGUAGAAAGCGGGCUCCCGCGCGUGUCGGCGUCAUGUGUCCGAGAAGAAGCGUGCUGCUGCUGCUCUUCAUCUACUGGAACGCGUGGACGAGCGCACCCGUCACCGGUGAUGCCGACGUGCAACCUGCCGGCGAGCACGUCGACGUGAGUGGUGCCGGAGACGCAAGAGUGAACAUCGGCAAGUGUUGCGAGCCCGAGGAGCUGCUGGUGGACGAUCGGUGCACACCGUUGGCGGAGACCAACGAGACUAGGUGGCGACCGGAAUUUAUUGAGGAGCUUGAGCCGGCGACGGGACGUAGGAGACCCAUCGAGCCCAGUUACGAGCUGAAGAUCGGGAGACCCAGAUGCGGCCCGGACGAGCAUCAGUGGCACGUGUACUACUACCCGUCCGGGCCGGACAGCCUGGCGAUGCUGCCGAACGGCGUACUUCGCCACUACAUCGUCGACCUGACGAAGGACAUGGACGAGAAUCGCGGUGUUUACGGCGCCGCGAUGUCCAACUUGGAUGACGACGACGACGACGAGAAGGAACAUGCGACCAUACACUACGACUAUCAGUUUGGACAUUAUUGCGCCGACAAGGCGGUGCUCACGGAGGAUCAUUUAGUGGCGACGUACGCCAUGCUCUGCGUUCCGGACAUCGCCGUACGCUGGACCGACACCAACUACCUGAUGAAGCACGCGAUCGAUCCCGCUUUUCACGCCGUGUCGAUGGCAUGCUAUCUGAUCGUCGCGGUGGUCUACUUUGUGCUGCCGCAACUGCGUGAUCUUGUCGGCAACAUAAUCACCAGCAUGACUCUUUGUCUCGUAAUUAAUCAGUGUGCCUCGACUGUCAGAAUAUUCACCGAGUUCGGCAGUCAUAUCAGCUUCAUGAUCGCUGACACGAUCAUGUAUGUCUCUCUGAUGGCCGCGUUCUUCUGGUUGAGCGCCUUGGGCUAUUACGUAUGGAACACCUUUAAAUCGCGCAAUGUUUUUCUACGGGUGACCGAUGGCAGAAAGUACUGCUAUUACUCAUUAUGGGUCUGGGGCCUGACCGCCUGCAUGGCCGGCACCGCGAUCUUCGCACACUUCGCCCUCGAGACGAACAAGCCGACCGUGGGUGGCACGGCUUAUCCCGCUCAGGAGACAGUGGGCUGGCUCGGAAUCUCCGUGCUGUUCCUGUGCAUCGCAUCCUUCAUCAUCCUUGAUCUCUGCUUCGUGCUGACCACCGCGAACAGAAUCAAACGGAUGAGCACGUACGGCCGAAUACAUCACAAGAUGAAGUAUAGUUUUCGGAUGUUCGUCUUUCUCUACGGGAUCAUGAGCGCUGGCUUUUUCUCGCUACUGGUGUCGCGGUUCAAGUACGACGCCCUGCUGUACUUUCACAUCGUCGUGAACUUGUUGCAAGCAUUAUUUAUACUCUACGUGUGUGUGUUUGGCCAACGUAGGGUCACGUUCCUACUUGGGAAAACGUGCAACUGCUGCAAUACCGGCGACAACACCGAGGGUCUCGACUGGGGCGAGGAGAUGACGGCCAUCAACGCGGGUUAUUAAUGCACGAUUGAUUUCUUGCAAACAGAUUCCACGAUCGCUCUAUGUCACGUGUGUGAUCUAUAUUCGAAUCGUGAUCGACGAUGACGACAGUGUGUUUAAGUCACGAGUACAAAUAAACUUCGCACAUACAGCUGUAUGCUAUGAUGAGAAAUGCGUAAAAUGACUAAUAUGCGUAAUAUAUACGUAAGAAACAUUCCAUGCCAUCCGAAUACAAGUAGAACUCACACGUGCGUGCGUUCAUGAUCGUACUAAGAAUACAUUCUCCAUAUCAUGUGACAGAGUUCAAAAUGCUCGUUCCGAAAUUUAUCUUAAAAUCUUAGCUCAUAAAGGAAUACUUUUUGCGCGCAGAUCUUUACCAAAUAUGUAAUGAACAUAUAUAGAUAUAUAACUUUAUAUUGAAACCAAAAGAUAUUCUUUGUAGAGUGUGAAAAAUGUGUGGAUGUGUCCUUUAAUCCAUUGAGGACGACGUACCUCAUAUGAAAGAUUAGGUCUGGGCCUCAUAUGAGGUACGUCGUCCUCAAUGGGUUAAUAGAGAAAGAAACAGUAUUAUAUAUGUAAUAAAUAUUGUAGAAAAGUGGAUACAGAACGUGCAAGCGGAGGAUACAUAAAAAUAUACAUAUGCAUUUGAGGUAAUAUCGAGAUGCAGCAAUACAUUGUAAAUAACGACGCAACAAUCUGGAUAAUUAAGUCGAUUCGUAAAUUAAGAAUGACCAAAAUUGGAAAAGUUGAUAAAGAAGAGUUGAAAGAUUUUAUAAAUUGUUUCAAAAUUUUGAAUGGUUUUUUAAAUUUUGGGGAAUUUAAUAAUAUGUAUUUAAAUGAACUGACUUAGAGAUUCAAAUGCUCUAUCUGAUAUAUGAUUAAUGGCACUGGUAAAAUUAUAUGCUAUUUUGAUACUAUUUGAUCAUAUUUAGUGAUUACAUGUGCCUUAAAAUCAAGCUCUUGCCUUAGAAAAAUGUACGCUUAUCGAGACACAUUUGUCAUUUCACAAUUUCGACACUAGCAUCCUGCAUAACAUCCACGUUUAUAGCAUAUCAUGUCACCACACAAAUGUACUGACUUAUGUUCAACAUAUAAGACUAUAUAUUGUGCAAUAUCAAUAUCAUUAAUUAACAGGUAAUCUGUUAUGCAAAUGUGUUGCACAAUAUAGUUAAAUAUGUGUCACUGAAUCUUAAAUAAUCUCAUGUUUUUAAUGAUAUUUGUGCAGUAUUUAUAUUUAUAUAGCCGUUCGACUUUUGUACGAGAAAGAUAUAAGCGAUAAAUAAAAUCGAACCAAUAUUCCGAA